AUGCAUAAUUCUCAACAUUUUUGCAGGAAGCCUCUGGAAGUGCCCUUGUUACCUUCUUUAGAUUAUGAGAAGUUAAAGAAAGAUUUGGUGUAUGGUAAUGACCGCCUGAAAGCAUUGAUACUGCAAGCUUUGCGCUGGCGAUUUACUCGAUCCCAGCCAGGAGAGCAAAGGGACACAGUCUUACAAGCUUACAUAACAAAUGACUUAUGGGACUGCUACCAAAACAAGCAGAGAAGUGUCCUACAGUUGCUUCACUCCAAAAAUGAGAUAGUGAGACAAAACACAGCUCGCCUUAUCAAUGCUUUUGCAUCAUUAUCAGAUGGCCGGGUUUAUCUAAGUCAGAAUCCUUACUUACUGCACUCACUGGAGGCCACACUCAAGGCAGAGGAAAAAGAUUAUAUUACUAAGGAAAAUGUUCUGGGCUCUCUGCAGAAACUUAGCCUCAGGCGACCUAUGCAGUCAGCAAUGAUAAAGGAUGGUCUCAUCGACUGGCUUGUACAGGAGCUGGAAGACACUGAUCAUCUGUCUGACUACACAGUGACUUACUCUAUGGCCUUGCUUAUGAACCUCUGCUUACGUAGUGCGGGAAAGAAUGCGUGUGCCAAAAAUGCAAGCCAUGUUCUCAGAGUGCUGUCUGACUUGCUUGGUCAUGAAAACCAUGAGAUUCGUCCCUAUGUAAAUGGAGCUCUCUAUAGUGUCCUUGCUGUUAACUCGAUACGAGAGGAAGCAAGAGCGAUGGGAAUGCAAGAAAUUCUGAGGUGUUUCAUUAAGGAAGGGAACACAGAUAUGAACCGUCAAAUUGAGUUCAUUAUUAGACAACUCAACUCAGAAGAGAAGUUUGAUGAAGCAGCAGAAUCUGAUGAUGAGGAAGAGGCAGAUGAGGAGGAGGAGGAGGAAGAUGUCCUGGAAGCUAAUUUGGACAAGGAUGAAGCAAUUCAACCUCAAGUUGGGGAAUCCUUUGGGGAAAAACUACUUACAACAGAAUAUCUGGGAAUCAUGACUCAUACCCUUAAAGUAAAAAAGAGAAUGUUUUCUGGUAUACUACAGAGUGUUGAUGAACCAUUACAAAGACCGGUCACCCCCAGCCGUCAUCGAGCUGUGUAUACAAUGCCAGAGAGCGAAGUCUUACCCUUGAGUCCAUCAAGCAACUUUAGAAUUCAGAAAGCAUCUUUAAAUUCAACAUCAAGACCUCCUACUCGAUGUGGUAGCCGCCCUGCUACUGCUGACUACAGUGUGACAUCAGUGUCUGUAGAUACAGAGUCAUCUCAGGUCUUUUCACCAACAAGUCGAUCUGAGCAAAGAGGGCCUGUAUCUCCCGCUUCACCUCAGAUCCUGGAUUUGGGUAUGGAGAAAAAUAAUGGACACAGUAAUAGUAGAUCCUGGAUGCCACGCAGUCCUGAAGUUCCAAGUGUCAGCCCGCGAAAAGCCAAGACUCCUACUAUUGCGCCUCAGUUUUCCCAGUCUGGACCACAACAAACCAGUCGACCCAGCUCUGCUGGAUCCUCCACCCGCAGCAGACAGAGUAAGCUUUGA